AAGUUAACGUGGGGGACCGAACGACUUUGAGUUCAACUCUGCGGUGUUGUGGUAUUUCUAGGAGAGCAAGCGUUAGUGGUUUCCAUGGGCAACAUGACCCUUGCUCAGGAGAACAAUUCCUCGCUCAUCUGGACAGUUCCAGCAACAGAAGAGCACGGUGCGAGGGCGAGUUGCUGAAGGCACAGUUGCAGUUUGUGUGACGUUUUCUAGUUGCUAUUUUUGAGAAUUCACGUCACUUGGAAAUUUAAGGAACUCAGAAAAGGCUUUUGUUGUUAGAGCACAUUUCGUUGUCUUGGCAACUCUGAGCCGUUGCGCUAUUGAAUUACAAAAACAGGGUCCGUGUUUUCUGUUCAUGGACUUCACAAAUGAAUCGACUGCGACAGUAACGGUGAGUUUUUUUCUUUAUUAAAAGUCACAGAUUUUUUUUUUUUUUUUUUUUACAAGUUGUAAUGGGUCAACUUUUGCCCACACAAGCUGCUGCAGCGGCAACAAUGGGUGAGUGAAUGCCAACAGCCCUCCUCACAAAAGCCAGUAAAUGCAGUAAAUGACUGCAAGGUUUGGUUUUGAGUAAAUUGAUAGUGUAUAGCCUACUCUCUAGCCAGGAGCGUCACUGGUAAUUCUGGACCCCAUGCAAAUAUAUCCUAUCUGCCCCCAAUCACCACAGCACAAGUAAAGCCUGAACAAUUAUUAAAUCCAUGUCUCCAUUUUGAAAACAACCCAAAUGAAGCUUUAAAUGACAAUAAAUUUGUUUUACAAUUCCUAAACCAAGAACUAGUAACCUCAAGAGUUAAUGUCAUAUUUCCUCAUUUAGCAUUUAAAGCUAGCAUUAAGUUAUUACUGCCAUUGGAAUCCGGAUAUCAUAAUGAAUCCAAUAUCAAAUAUGUUACCCUAGCCUGCUUGCCACAAAGUUGAAUGUCGUUGCUGUGGGAUUAUAUCUUUAAAUAGAAGGACAUUUGAAACUAUUCCUAAGAUGCUGAGAUAUAAUAGACAUGAUAGGCUUAAAAGUUAAAUAUAAUUAGGUGUUAGGUGAGCACUGGCUAAUCUGUUAAAUAACCUAAUAAUUAAACCUUAUGAAUUUACUCUUGUCCUCAUUUCCUUGUCCACAUUUUAACCAAUAGAUGACAUCAAUGGUGUAAACAGUGUAAGCAGUUGAUGAGGAACAGAUAAACAGAACCUGCUGCCUGAUUAUGGCUGCUGUUGUCCGACCUGGGGUCAGUGUGUCAGAACUUUGUGAAGAAGGGGACAAGUUCCUUGAGGCUGGAGAGCUGGAGGGGGCUACCACUCUCUACAUGUCUGCCUUCAGGACUCAUGCUGCAUCCACUGUGUCCCACAUGCGGAAGCUGAAGUCUGGCUUGGCUGAAGUGAUCUCUACUUUAGAGAGCUGGCUUGAUAACCACUCUGCUGAAGGUCUUAAUAAAGGUCUUGCAGCUGUGUUUCUUUCCACACUCUGCCCCAACAAUCUGUCAGCCACCAUCUUCAAAAUGGAGUCCCUCCUCCAGAGCGGUGGGCAGAACUGUGAGGAGAUUUUUGCUCGCUGCACUGCUCUGCUUGCAGGAAAGCUGAACAAUCAUCAUCAAGGUACAACUUGCAUUGUGUUGGAGAUAACUCGAGCCCUAGCCUGCUUGUUCUCAGAGACUCACAGUGUGAAGGGGUUGAAGCUUUACCUCCGAGCUUACCUGAAGAACAAAUCUGAAACUGUCAGAGUUAUUCAAAGCAGACAAGCUCAGCAUAUCCCUGAAAUAGUGGAGGCUUUUAAAGACCAACUGCUUCAAAUACAUCCGUCUCUGAUGUUUGGACAUGAUUGCACAGGUUCAACAAAAGUGAAUGAGAAGCUUGAUGUAGAGGCUUCUUCUACGAUUAUUGAGCUGUUGUUGGCUCUCUCACCUGGUGAUGAAGAAGUGCAGGAACUCCAAGCAGCAUAUUUGUUUUUGACAGGCAGGUUUGGGGACAGUGCAGCAAUGUACUCUGCUCUGUUGCAUGGUCUUUGUCAGAAAACACAAGAGAGAAGUAAGAACAAGUCUUCAAAAACUAUUUCAGAGAAGAGAGCCAGACUCUUAACCAGUCGAGCAGCAGCUUGCCUGUCAGCAGGUGGAAGGACUGUGGAGGCAUGCACAGACCUGGGGGAGGCAUUUGAAACCCAUCCUGCCACUGCCAGGAUGUGUUUCCAAAAGUUAUUCACAGAUCCUGAUACGGGGUUGGCUGCUCGCAACCACCUCCGCCAGCAGGCAGAGAGGGGCCUGUCUGAUUUCAGAGAAAGGGUCCUCAUUCGUCCAGACCUUCGAUCCACUGAUGGAGUUGAACUCUUGGAACCUGUCAUCGCUCAGUUACGGACUCUGUGCCACUUGGAGCCUGGAGGGGGAGGCAGAGAGCUGCGGGUACGACUAGCGGACUGUCUUCUCCUUAGAGGGGAACACAAAGAGGCCCUCUCUAUUUGCAGCCAGCUAGCUGCUGCCCAAGGCCAGCAGAGCUACCAAAACACAGUGCAGGUUCUUUGUGGAUAUGCACGUCUUCUUUCUGAUGAACAUAAGGAGGCAUUAACAGACUUCCAGGCUGUGAUUAACCACAGUGCCCCCCACCCAUCCAGCUGUGUGCGGGCGCUGUGUGGUAGGGGCCUCCUGCGCAUGAUGGGAGGCUUGAACUACCUCACAGCUCUGGACUACAUUACUGCCAGCAGGUUGCAGCCUCAGGAAACAGCACUAACUAUUCGCUGCUUAGUGCCAUGGAACUACCGUGGGCUGCUGGUCACUGUUCUACUGGAGCAGGGGCGGGUCAUGCUUGAGGGGACAGAAGAGCAUGAAUCCAAGUCCUGUAUCCAUGAAGCCUCUCAGCACCACCAGCAAGGAGGUCAGCUCCAGGCCUCAUCAACAAGAGAUGAUCAGAGAUCCGGGUAUGGCAUUUGUCUUACAUACAGUUUACUAUACACAUCUUUUUGGGAAGAUAUUUUGUAUAGUUGUGUUAUAAAGUUUCCUUUAUCCUUAUAUUGUGACAACGUCUUACUGUUACACAAUUUGUUGUUCACUAGAUCUUUGAAGAAAAGUUAACCAUAUUAAUAUCAUCAUAUCCCUGCUUUUGUUUUCUCUGAAGUCUGCACAGAAAGAGAAAGAGUAAAUAACAAAAACAAUUACUAUUUAUCAUCCUACACAGUAAAUUGUUCUUUGUGCUCCCUGCAUUAGAACUCCUGCUGGUGUCCACUCCCUGGCUCAGUUAUUGAUGGAGCUCCAGCCUGGGACUGAUGGGUCUCAAAUCCUGGCAGCAGAUGCCUUGUAUCAGCUUGGCCGGGUGGAGGAGGCAUAUCGGCUUUUACUUGCCAUAGGGCCUGUCAUUCCCAGAGCACCCAUACUAGCUCGACUUGCCCUGCUGCAGUUGCGCAGAGGCUUCUUAUAUGACACCAACCAGGUACAGUACAGUUUAUGAGGAAGAGUUCCCAAACAAAGGUUUUCAGGCAAAACCUCUUAGUAUGUCUACUUCAUGUUACAAAAGGCCGCUUUCAUAUGAAUGUUUGGCACAUCAGUUAUGACCAGUUAAGCUUUAAAUCUUUAUCCAAUGUUGCAGUGCUGUCUGUUUCAGUGGCCUGAUCUGAAGAUUCAUACAGUGAUCAAACUCACAGCAUCUCUAAGACCUGACACCUGUACAACAAGUCAGUACAGUCGAUCACAGAAUUCAAAUAUCAACAGGCCACAGCAGCACUAGCAUUUUUUAAUGAAUCAUGGUUUUCAACAUGAUUUUCUAACAAAGUGAACACUAGUCAACAUUCACCUCGCCUGCCAUCUACAAAUAGUAAAAUUUUAAACUUUUAUUGACAGCAAAUGUGCUUUGAUUUACAGUUUUAUAAUAUUCUUUUAUUUCAAAAUGACAUGCUUACUUGAUGAAACGGCAUGCAUAUAUGUUUUCAUUUUUUUUGCAGCUGCUGAAAAAGCUUAUUCAGUGUGGUGACACAUGCUGCUUACGCCCUCUGCUGGCAGUGGCACAACAGAAGGAUCGAGCGCUGCUGCAGGCACACUGUCACUCUGUUGCCAAACGCAUCCUGGAGGGCACACGUGAGGAGAGUGCUGUCAGGGAGGCUGUGGCAUAUUUCUCCAUUGCUAUCAUGUCCUCUGGUGAUUAGAAUUUCAUAUGGAUGUUUGUUAUUGAUGUGAUUCCUGUUCUUUUUAAGAGAAAAAAAAAAAGAAGAAGAAGAAGAAAGUUGUCAGUAAUAUCUCAAUCUAGAUUUGAGGAAUACGUAAAAUACAGGAUAAAAGCAUUUUUUUCUCAUGUUUGGCUUGAGCUCCACGAAGGACUAUAUCUCUACAUACAAACAUGCAGACUGAAUCUUUUCAAAUUAACUCAAAGGCAGGAAACGAUAACUUAAAAAAUGUUCAAAAUUCAGUUUCAACAACCAUCGCAUACUACUACCCUUUCUUUGGGUUAGUGCUGGUACAUUUACAUAUGUAUGAAUGUGGUUGCAAAAUGAAAGAUGGAGUGUUGAAAAUGUAAUCUGUCCCAUAAAUACAUUGUUCCAGGGGGUGAAUCAGCAGACUCGUUGCUGGAGAGAGGCAGGUGCUAUGCCCUGCUGGGCCAAAGAAAGACGGCCAUCUUUGAUUUUAGUGCCAUCCUAAAGGAGCAUCCAAAACAUGUCCUGGCACUAUGUGGAAGAGGCUUCACCUAUCUCAUGCUUAACAAACAAAAGGUAUUCUUUAGUAUUCAUUGUAUUUUAUUGGAUCUCCAGGCUUGAAGCUUCACUUUGCAGAUUUAAACACUAGAAGUGACUUUGGGCUGCCUAAGAAACAAUUUAAAAGAGUAAAAUAUCUGUAGUAGACAUUGGUGCUGGUGUUGACUAACUUAGACAAGAAAUGUUAAGUAGAGGUUUUUUUCAGGUUUACUGAUAUCCUAUAACGCUUGAGAUGCAUUUCUGGAUCACAGGAAAGCAACAAAUGGCUUAUUGUCCUCUCUUCACAAACACUGAUUUUUUUUGCUGAUCCUAGAAAUAUAUUGUGAUAAAAAAAUGUCCAUGUAUGGCUGUGGGCAGUUUGUUUGUUAAGCUGAAUUAAAAACAUCUUUAAAAUCUUCUCCCCUUCAGGAAUGUACUCAUGAUAUCCUGACAGCACUCCAGAUAAACACAGAUAUAGUUACCAAAGACAUCCUGUCACUCAAGGACAGGGCACGAAAGCUGGUCUGCGAUUGGCUGCAUCACUUCUGCCGAACCAAUCUGUCAGAUACCCUUGCCUCUAACACUGUUCCCUUCCACGAAGAGCAACUCAGAGAGGCUUUUAUUAUUGGUGGAGCUCUGAUGAGGACUGACUGCAGAGACCCCAGGUGGCAUCUCCUUUAUGUGGACACACUUUUAGCCAAAGGUAAGAUGGGAAUUAUCUGUGGGAUCCUUGUUGUCACUGGAAAUAGUCCUCUUAGGACACUAUGGGUCAGGUUGUUACCACUUUGAUGAACAGAAAUUUGUACUCGGUGUUCCUUGUUUCCAGUGAUAUGUAUUCCUGCUGUUUGUGGUCCAUCUGCUUCAGGUGAAGUGAAGGCAGCAGGUGCUCAUCUGUGCCAGGUGUUUGGACAGGAGCCGAGAGAUGCAGUGGCUCAGGCCAGGCUGGGUGUGGUGGAGGCCUGGCAGCAGAACUACUGCAGCGCAGCACACAGGCUCAGCAAAUUGACAGAAAAAGAGUCAUCCUGUCUGGACUUCCUGCUGGCCCUGAUCCCAGUCAGUCAGCGAAAACGCACUGCACAGGUAUGGGAGCAGAAUUGCUCGAUUUAGUGCCAUUGCAUUGCUGUAGAUAUUUUAAUCUACAACUAUCAGAAAGUUAGUGUUUUUCCUGACAGCUCAAUGACAGGAACAAAACAUACGCCCACAUCUCUUUUAAAUUAUAUAGAGAGCAAAUUGUAAAGUUUUGCAAAAUCGAGAGUGAAAAAUAAACCCUAAAUAUCAAAAAUAAAACUGUCAGGGUUAUUAAUUGUUAACUUUAUUGAGACGGGAAAAUGCAACAAGCUAUUAACAAGUACGUUGAAUAUUUUUUUGAAUGAUGACAGUUUUGUACUUACUUUGUUUAGAGCAGUUGUAAAAUGAACUCAGUGAAAAACUGAACCCCUGUGAUUAAUACUUGCAAAUCCCUUGCUCUAACACUGUCACAGGCCGCAGCACAGAAGGCCAGCAGUGUGGCAUCAGGUGGCCAGUGGGAUCAGACUCUCACGCUCCUGAAUGUGGCAGUACAAGCAGCUGGCAAUCACAGACCUCAGUAUCUUCGUCAGCGGGCUGCCUGCCUUGCUCAACUUGGCUUACAUGAACGAGCCAUAGUGGACCUAGACAGAGUAAUAGAACGACACAGAGGAGCUGACUCCAGCUGCUUAGAUGAACCUCAUGUCUGGGCUGAAGACUUGUGUCGAAGAGGGCGCAGCCUAGUGUUCUGCUCCAGAGAAAGUGCAGCUCUGGAAGACUUUACUCAGGCCCUGGAGCUCCAUAGGGACCAGACCAUCAAGUGUGUGGAGACAACUUUGGGAAGGCAGCGACUGGCUGAAUGCUUCCUGCGGGGGGCGCUGCAACACUAUGGAGAGCAGCAGCUCAGUAAAGCUUGGACAUUAGUUGAAAGUGGCCUAGUUAUGGACAGUGAGAAUGUGGAGCUCCGCAGGCUGAGGGCAAAGGUCAAAAGAGAAGUAGGCAGCCCUUGUAAUGUCAACUAGUGCUGAAAGUUUGGGUCAAAAGUACAGUAUACUACGAAACCCAUCCACAGUUUUAUAAGACAUUUAAUGGUUCUUUUAAAACAUGGUACUCUAGUUUAAAAUAUUUUGUUCAAAUUUGAUACAAGGUUAACAGUCUUCAUCACCUUUUAUGACGGCAGGUAUGGAGUACACUGAUCAGGAUUUUCAGCACACUAAGGUUAUUGGAUUCUUUAUAAUCCCUUCAUUUUGUGAACCACUUUACCUUUGUCGUUCAUACAUUUAUGAACUAAAGUAUGGAAAAAUAAACACCAAUGGUCAAGAUCAGAGAGGUCCAAACCUCUCUUAAAGAGGGCCAAGAUGACCAGGGGACAUUCUUUUCACCAUAAAAGUCACACAUGAAUACUCUAUUUUAUGACAAAUUUCAGUGACUACUCAAAAAAAUCAGUUCUAAGGGAUUAGAUCCAUCUUUGCUUUUAUAACAGGCUUACAAAAUAAAAUCUCCCCUGUGUCUCUUGAUACAAAACUCUUGCUCCUUCUCAUGGAAAUGUUCUCCACUAGGUCGACCCUUAUUAUGUUAUCAUAUUAUACAGGAAAAAACACAACAUCACAUUUUCAUUUUGUCACAGUUCUCUUUUAUGUUGGUUUUAAGACAAUUUUUAUCAGUUCAUAACAUUUGUUGAACCAAAUAUUUGUUGCAUUCUUUACAUUUACGCAGCAUUGUCUUUGCCUUUCCUACAAUAUUUCAUAAUUCUGAUUACGUCUAAUGUCCUAUUUUGUGUUUUUAACUCUCAGCUUUUGUCAAGCUAAUUUUCACAUAAUGAUCAAUACAUUUAUUUGAAAACCUCAAUGUUUAGAGUUGUUGUGUUUUUGCUCAACAUUAGUCCUGCAGAAUUCCCAGAGCUUUAUCUUAAUAUAAGUAUCUUAUGUAUGAUCUGUAUUCUUGCUGUUGUGCAGCAAUACAGCUGGUACCUCUAAAAUCACUACUAUACAGGAAGUAACAACAAAUCUAUGUUUUGCUCAUAAACACUGCACAUGAGUUUAUUCCACAAAUAUUUGAAGAUACCUUUCAUGUAUUAAAUGUUAGAAAGUUGACUGAUGGUCAAAAAGGGGGAUCAAUAGUUUUAGCGAUGAUGCAAAUCUACACAUAGAAUUCAGAAUCAAAGAAAAACAAAAUGGGGCCAGAAAUACAACAUUGGAAGAUGAAUUCUGGGGCUGUGAUUGGCUCCCAAGCUGGGCUGUGGAC